GGAGCCUCCGGCAGAUCUCCGGUAAUCCGCGGCGGCAGCAGAACGCGCACCGAGCGGCGCUCCGCAUCCCCCAUCCUCCGGCUCGGACACGGACUUUAACCAACUGUGAGGACUCCGGGAGCCUCUCAGCCUCUCGUCGUGCUCUUCUCCUCUCCAGCUGCUCGUGUUUUCAUGCCUCACACACUUUAACAUGGCCUCAUCGGUCGGCGGCGCAGAGGAGAACCGGGUGUCCGCGCUGACGCCCCUCAAGCUGGUGGGUCUGGUGUGCGUGUUCCUGGCGCUGUGCCUGGACGUGGGGGCCGUGCUGAGCCCCGCGUGGGUCACGGCGGACGACCAGUACUACCUGUCCCUGUGGGUGUCCUGCUGGAAGCCCGUCAGCUCCGUGGAUUGGUCCUGCAGCAGCACGUUGGCCGCCGACUGGCAGAUGGCCACGCUGGCCCUGCUGCUGGGAGGAGCUGGCCUCACCCUGCUGGCCUUCCUCAUGGCUCUGGUGGUCUUAUGCUGCUUCAGCUCCUGGAGUCACUGCUACAAACUGGUGGCCAUCAUGCUCUUCUCUGCAGUGGUGCUCCAAAUUUGCAGCUUGGUUCUGUUUCCCAUCAAGUUCAUAGAAUCUGUCAGCCUGAGGGUCUACCAUGAGUUCAACUGGGGCUACGGACUCGCCUGGGGAUCCACCAUCUUCUCUUUCGGAGGUGCCAUCCUCUACUGCCUCAACCCCAAGAACUACGAAGACGACUACUAAAAACCAGAGGAGGGAACCAGGACUCUCGUUUCUGUCCACGUAGAAAUAGGAACUCUGUCUGGUGCUGAACAGGAAAAACAAACGCUGAUUGAUAGUUUGAGGACUGUGAACUUCUCGCCUCAUUGGACCGAAGCCCUGAGCUCUCUUCGGAGAUUUGGCAGAAGAAAAGAAGCCCAAAACCUCCGGGGCAGUUUUUCAUCCGGGAGACAGAUAAUGCUGCGUUCCCUUUAAGUGUAACUCCAGUAGGUCUUAGAUUUGGGCAGAGAAUCUGGAGGGAACAGAUGGAUUCGCCGACCCCAUACCCAGACGGAUUGCCGGGCUAAUUAACCAAUCAGAGCAGAGAAGGAAGAGGACUGAGAGGAAAACAUCCCACUGAAGUGAUAUCCUGAGGAUGACGGGGCACACCUAAGGAAUGCAGCAUGCCACAUUUCCCCAGAGAUGCUCGACAUACAUCUAGAGCCUUUUUCCUCCGAUAGACGGCUGGAAACUCGACUUUAUUCUCUCAAUAACCAAUCUGAGGCGGUAAAAACAUUCCACAGACACCUUCUAAAUGAAUCACGUUGGUGAGAGGAGCCGGUUAAUCAUCAGGACGACCUUCAAGUCAUCCUCACCUGCUUCCCUUUUUGAUAAAAUGGCUGUAUUAUAUGUAAUUAUGUGCGGUAUGAAGUCAUUUUAAGGCAGAUUAAUGGGAAGAAAGGUGGCAAAUGACCAUGUCGGCCGCACAGAUCACGUGCUCAGGCCGCAUGUGAUGCCUCCUCGUCGUCCUCUUGGUAGAAUAGACUGUAGUUGAAAAAAAUGCAGCUUUUUGUUCACAUCUGAGGUCAAUAGUGAGAGUAUCAAGAGUUGCGUGACAAGGACCGUGGGAUAGAAAACCAGAGGGACGACCUACGAAGCAGGAAAAAUUAGGUAUGUCGAGACGAAAAUCAGAGUUUUCAGUGUCAUGAAGUUUCUUUUAUCCUGAUGCUAUACAGCUAGCUCGCUUUGGAGGAGUUUCUGGUUAGAAUUUGGGAUUUAAAUUAGCCAUAAAAAGUGCUCAUUCUUUUCCUCAUGACACAGAUUGUCAGCUGAGGUUUUAUCUGCAAGCUUCCCAUUCUGAAUUCUGCUGAAAUAAGCCGUGCAGCUACAGUAGCACCAACUUUCUGUAUCGUAUUGCAACAAGAAUCUACAGUUAAUCAUCCAGGAAAUGCAUACAUAUGUUGUGAUAUUUGGCUGUGAUUUGCUGCCAAAUCUGUUUUGCUGCAGCUAACAGAACAAAGAUUAAAAAAUGAAUGAGUUUAUUGGUAUUUAUCAAUAAAUAAUACGAUAAUUUAACUUUAAUUUGGCCAAAAAUGAAAGUACUUUCAAUGUCUUCUUCAUUAUUGGACUAAAAAUCACUUCUAAAAUAUCAUUUUUCAGGUUUUAGAGCUCUGACAUGCAGCUGUUGGAAAUAACAGUAAACAGUUUUCUAUAGGCAAUUCUCACAUCAUUUGCAGUAACAUUGCUUUUUUUCCCAUAAUAAAUGUGUAUUUUCCUCACA